GUCUCGCCCUGGGCCACCAGAGGCCGCUGCGAGCCAGUUGUGCUCAACCUCCCCGCAGAGCGCCCCCACACAUCUCGAAGGAGGCAGAGGUACCCGCAAGGGCUGAAGCAGCGGGGACAACUCCCAGCCAAGCGGCUGCGCGCUCCCCAGCCUGAGGGCGGGAAGCUUGGGUGGACCCGACUGAGCUCCACAGGGCUGGUGGGUCCAGGCCCAGAGCAUCUUAGUGCUCAGAACCGGGCUCACUAGGUCGCCGGAUUAGCCCAUUGCCCUGCACUCCUCAGGGCACAGCAACUUGAUAGCGACUGAUCGAUCACAGACAGAGCUCGGGACCAGACAACACCCAAGCUGGCCACUCCCGGGAGAAACCCGCCUUUGGGAGUCUAGAUCCCAAGCUCAGAGGCAUCGAGGACCUCAGGCCAGAGGGUUGAACCGGGGCCACUGCUGUGGAGCAGGUGGAAUGAGUCUGAGACCAGCAGAUGAACAGACAGAAGCCUGAAGACUCCAGGGACGGCUCUGCCUUCCUGUUCCCUGGUCCUUCUGUAUCACUCAUCACUGGCUGCAAGCUGCCUGGAGACAAGAAUGAGUGAGAAGACCGUGAGCAACUGGAGCCCAGGCAGCUGGGUGCUAGCACUGUGCUUGGCCUGGCUGUGGACACGUCUGGCCUCUGCUUCCUUGCAGCCUCCAACAGCCGCAGUCCUAGUAAAGCAAGGCACCUGUGAGGUGAUUGCCGCACAUCGCUGCUGCAACCGGAAUCGCAUUGAGGAGCGCUCCCAGACCGUCAAAUGCUCCUGCCUUUCUGGCCAGGUGGCUGGCACUACAAGGGCAAAGCCCUCCUGCGUGGAUGCCUCCAUCGUCCUGCAGAAGUGGUGGUGUCAGAUGGAGCCCUGCCUGCUGGGGGAGGAGUGUAAGGUGCUCCCGGACCUGUCGGGGUGGAGCUGCAGCAGUGGACACAAGGUCAAAACCACCAAGGUCACACGCUAACUCUCGGGGUCAUGGCUUAGGCAGAAAGAACAGCCUUGACUGGGCUCUGGACUGAAGAAUAGCUUCUGGUCACCAGCCAGCAGAUAUGAAGACUCACCCACCCGGACAUGGAAUCCCAUGUGUCCCAUGUCAAAUGCAAUGUCAGACUUGCCAGGGCCCUGUUAGUCAUGCUGCUUGGCAGAAAUGCUUGGAUCUUUGGCCACAUACUUAGAGACCUGUGCUCUCCUACGAACAAAGGUCAACACAUAUAAUCCUGUCCUUAAGGAAUAUCCUGUCAAACUAGGGAGUAGAUGGCAGAUGAUUUAAACAGUUUAAAGUGUGUGGUACCAUGGCCUCUGAGCUACCUGCUGUGGAUGCGGUGGGGAUGGGGUGGAUGAGACUCUCAUAGAUCUUCAGCUACCCUCUAAUCAUGAUCACAGGACCCAAGGUGAUGAAGUCAUAUCAGUACCUUCCCAUCAGUCCUGCAUCCCCAGAAAGAUGUUAAGAUGUUAAAGGAGACACUGUCCCCUGAUGCCAAGCCAGUGGGAUCUCUUUUGGACAGUGUGGGAAAGCAGAGAUGAAGCCCAACAACUCUUCAGCACAGCUCUGCAGAGGCAGGGUGUGUGGCUCACACCCUUUGCUGUCUAUGGGAUGGACAGGUCCUCAGGAUCACCCCUACCCAAACUUCAGGUGGUUUUUGUUUUGUUUUUUUCUUGUUUUAAUGGAUGACAAAACUGAGUCACAGAGAGAUGAGAUGGUUUGCCCAAAGAUGUCACAGCUCGGGCUUCCAAACCAUAGUUGCUGAGAUUCCAGGGUAGGUCUUACGUGGUAAUUUUAUCUAGAGAGCGGGACCCUGCAAACACUGUCUGGAGAGCAGCUACAUGUUUCUUGGGAGGGGGAUUUUGAUCACUGGGACUUUGAUUGACGCCACUGAUCUCCCAUCCAAAAUAAUCCAGAAUCCCCAUCCACUGCAGAGUGGAGCCACUUCUCAGUCCCCCAAGUCCGAGCAGUCCCCAUGGUAGCCCAGAGGUCACUCGGCCUGGUUGCAGCUGGAGCACUGGAGCUGACAUCCCGUUUGUUGCCCCUCUGACCCUUCUCUUCUAAGAGCUUCAGCCAUCUCCCUGCAUAGGUACCUGGAAGGCAGAAAGUCAGACCAGAGUGCAGCCCAAAGUUGAAGUUCUUUACAAUCAGGCUGGCCUCCUAGAUGGCUUGGGAGUAGCAUGCUGGCUUCCUCUCAUCACCCAGGCCUUAGUUAGGGAACGGGGUGUGUUAGAGGCCAGCCUGGAUGAUGCCCGAUCCUGAGAAGGCAGAUCGGUGAUAGCUAGCUGAGGAUGGAGCCUCGGCUUCCCCUGUCUCCCUAAGCAUUUGAAUAAGACUCUGAUAUCACCCCACCUCAGGGCACGUUCUUGUUUUCACUCUAUGAGAUGAGCAGCAAUGUUAACUUCAGAAAGGAGGCCUCUAACAGUCUCUGCAUACAGCAGGGCCCACAGGCCAGGGUCCCCAUGAGAGGUCAAAGGCUGUCAUGGCCUCUUUCCACACUCAAGAGUGGAGGUCAGAGGAUACAUGCAGGGGAUUGGCAAAUAUUUUCUGGAAAGAGCAAGAAAGUGAAUAUUCGAUGUUCUGCAGACCAUUAUUAAGUCUCUGUGACAUAUUCUUUGUUUCAUUUUGUUUUGAAAACAUUUCAGAACUGCCAAUGCCGUCUUUAGCUCUAGGAUGGAAGAAACACAUUGUGACCCAUUUCAGGUGUUUGUCACCGCUCCCAGGGGACAGUUGAAGGCCUGGGAUGGCCUCCCAGCCUCCUGGCUUGCCCUCUGUGCCAUGGAAACCUGAGCACAGGGCUAGGGCUGGCUUUGUUUUUCUCCUGAUGCUCAGAGAGAGAGAGAGAUGGGUGAGUGAAUUAUUUAGGUUACAAAUGAGACAGCUUUAGCGGAGCCAGACAAUAAAAGCCCGCUUUCCUGGAGGCCAGAAUAUAGGUUCUGCAGGCUGCUGUGGAGCUCAGUGACGGAACGCUGGAAGGAGAGGUGGGCUCGCUCUCCCCUCCUUCCUGGACACUGUCACAGUCUUGCUUCAGCCCCCCCCCCCCACACACACACACACCAGCUGUGUCAUCCACAUGAGCUGGGGCUGGAGGGGAAAACACGGAAAUGAUGCCGCACAAACUGGAGAGCUGCCAGCCGCCACCAGCCUCCACCUGCCUCAGUGUCCCAUUCCUGUACCUCCCCUGGGCCCCAACUGAAGUCCUCCCAGCCUCCCUCUCUCCUGACCUGGCCAUGAGUUUAUUGGGUGAACUCUGAGGGGGUGUCUGUAUAUGUCCAGGAGAGCACCACAUAAGAAGGUCUGGCAAAGAAAAGAAAGUGACCAGCCCCCCAACUCCAGCUCCCCUAAAUUCUGUAUCCAACUGAGUCCAAACCUGCCUGUGUCUUGCAGCUAUCCAAAUGACAGUCUAGAAAUAAAUGGAUUUCCUUGGA